GCUGGAGGUGAAGGACCGCCUGUACCCUCUCCACGUCGGCUGUCAAUGGCUUUCUGGACCUAUUUUAUUUAAAUGUCUGGGCCUUUUUUGCGUGACCAAUGAUGGAUAUUCUAUGGAUAUUAUGGACCCUACCGGCUGUAAUAGCUGUUGAAGAGAUGCUGAUGGACUCCACCACAGCUACAGCAGAGCUCGGCUGGACCGUCUAUCCGGUGUCAGGAUCCAGUGACAACAGCUGGGAGGAGGUGAGCGGUUACGAUGAAAACAUGAACACCAUCCGGACCUACCAGGUCUGCAACGUUUUCGACAACAACCAGAACAACUGGGUGAGAACGAAGUACAUCCGGCGUCGAGGUGCACAGAGAAUCCAUGUGGAGAUGAAGUUCUCUGUGAGGGACUGCAGUAGCAUCCCCAAUGUUCCCGGCUCCUGCAAAGAGACAUUCAACCUCUACUACUACGAGUCAGACGCGGACACGGCCACCAGAACCUCGCCAGCCUGGAUGGAGAACCCCUGGAUUAAGGUGGACACCAUAGCAGCAGAUGAGAGCUUCUCCCAGGUGGACCUCGGGGGCAGGGUGAUGAAGAUCAACACAGAGGUCCGCAGCUUCGGCCCUGUGUCGCGAAACGGCUUCUAUCUGGCGUUCCAGGACUACGGCGGCUGCAUGUCCCUCAUAGCUGUUCGCGUCUUCUACCGAAAGUGUGCUCGAAUCAUUACAAACGGGGCGCUGUUCCAGGAGACCCUGUCGGGGGCUGAGAGCACCUCGCUGGUGGCGGCACGAGGUGUUUGCAUUCCUAACGCGGAGGAGGUGGACGUGCCCAUCAAGCUCUACUGCAAUGGCGACGGGGAAUGGAUGGUGCCCAUCGGACGCUGCAUGUGCAAGGCCGGCAAUGAAGCGACGGAGAACGGCACAGUGUGUCGAGCUUGCCCGUCAGGCUUCUUCAAGCCGACCCAGGGAGACGAGUCCUGCACGCAGUGUCCCAUCAACAGCCGUACCACCAGCGAGGGUGCCAUUAACUGUGUGUGCCGCAACGGAUACUAUCGCACAGACUCAGAUCCCUUCCAGAUGCCCUGCACAACGGUCCCUUCCGCUCCACAGACCGUGAUCUCCAGCGUGAACGAGACCUCGGUCAUGCUGGAGUGGAUGGCUCCUCGGGAUUCCGGGGGCCGCGAGGACGUGGUCUUCAACAUCAUCUGCAAGAGUUGCGGCGGCGGGCGGGGCGGCUGCACCCGCUGCGGGGACAACGUUCAGUUCCUGCCUCGCCAGCUGGGCCUGACGGAGCCACGGGUGUACAUCAGUGACCUGCUGGCCCACACGCAGUACACGUUUGAGGUGCAGGCUGUCAACGGGGUGUCGGAUCAGAGCCCUUACUCCCCUCAGUACGCCUCAGUCAACAUCACCACCAACCAGGCUGCGCCGUCCACUGUGUCCAUCAUGCACCAAGUGAGCCGCACUGUGGACAGCAUCACUCUCUCCUGGUCCCAGCCAGACCAGCCUAAUGGAGUCAUCCUGGACUAUGAGCUGCAGUUUUAUGAGAAGGACCAGUCGGAGCAUAACGCCACCACCAUCAGGAGCCAGACCAACACAGUGGUCAUCCGAGGCCUCAAAUCGGGGAGCAUCUACGUUUUCCAGGUCCGAGCCCGCACCGUGGCCGGCUUUGGACGCUACAGCGGCAAACUGUACUUCCAGACCAUGACCGAAGCUGAAUACAACACCAGCAUUCGGGAGAAACUGCCCCUCAUUAUCGGCUCCGCGGCUGCCGGCCUGGUCUUCCUCAUUGCCGUGGUUGUCAUCAUCAUCGUGUGUAAUCGGAGGCGUGGCUUCGACAGGGCUGAUUCCGAGUACACAGACAAGCUGCAGCACUACACCAGCGGCCACAUGACUCCAGGAAUGAAGAUCUAUAUCGAUCCGUUCACGUAUGAGGACCCCAACGAGGCGGUGAGGGAGUUCGCCAAGGAGAUUGAUAUAUCCUGCGUGAAGAUUGAGCAGGUCAUCGGUGCAGGAGAGUUUGGCGAGGUGUGCAGCGGCAACCUGAAGCUUCCCGGGAAGAGGGAGAUGUUUGUGGCGAUCAAGACCCUGAAGACGGGCUACACGGAGAAGCAGAGGCGGGACUUCCUCAGUGAGGCCAGCAUCAUGGGCCAGUUUGACCAUCCCAACGUCAUCCGCCUGGAGGGCGUGGUCACCAAGAGCAGCCCCGUCAUGAUUGUCACAGAGUUCAUGGAAAAUGGAUCUCUGGACUCCUUCCUCAGGCAAAACGACGGUCAGUUCACCGUGAUCCAGCUGGUGGGAAUGCUGCGGGGCAUCGCUUCGGGCAUGAAGUACCUGGCCGACAUGAACUACGUACACCGUGACCUCGCCGCCCGCAACAUCUUGGUCAACAGCAACCUCGUGUGCAAGGUGUCCGACUUUGGCCUCUCACGUUUCCUGGAGGACGAUACGUCGGACCCCACCUACACCAGUGCCCUGGGCGGGAAGAUUCCGAUCCGAUGGACCGCACCCGAAGCCAUCCAGUACAGAAAGUUCACCUCUGCGAGCGAUGUGUGGAGCUACGGCAUCGUCAUGUGGGAAGUCAUGUCCUACGGAGAGAGGCCUUAUUGGGACAUGACCAAUCAAGACGUCAUCAAUGCCAUUGAGCAGGACUACCGGCUGCCGCCCCCUAUGGACUGUCCCAGCGCUCUGCACCAGCUCAUGUUGGACUGCUGGCAGAAGGACCGCAACAACCGGCCCAAGUUCAGCCAGAUCGUCAGCAACCUUGACAAGAUGAUACGCAAUCCCAACACCUUGAAGGCCAUGACCCCAUUAUCCUCAGGUGUGCAUCUGCCUCUGCUGGACCGCAGCAUCCCAGACUUUUCUAGCUUCAGCACGGUGGACGAGUGGCUGGACGCCAUCAAAAUGGGCCAAUACAAAGACAGCUUUGCCAACUCCGACUUCACGACUUUUGAUGUUGUGUCCCAGAUGACCAUGGACGACAUCCUGAGGGUGGGCGUGACGUUAGCGGGCCAUCAGAAAAAGAUCCUCAACAGUGUCCAGAUGAUGCGGGCCCAGAUGAACCAGAUCCAGUCCGUGGAGGUCUGACCUUCCCGAGCAGAGCAGCGGUCCGGGAGGCGGUCGGGAUGCAGGCCUGGCGGGCACCGAGGACGGAGUGGAUGCUUGUCGGUGUGACGUUCCCCUCCACACUUUCCCCCCUCUGCUUGUCCCCUCACCCCUCCACUCUCCCAGACUGCACCCCCACCCACCCUCCAUCCUCGGGGGGUUGGCCUUCUUCUGACAGCCAAAAGCACGGGAGCCCAAACGAGUGACCAGCAACACUUUUCUCUUCAUCUUCCACCACUUUUCAUUGAUACUUUGGUUUGUUCUCAUCAUUUUGUAAAGAAUUUUGUAAGGAAACACAGACAAACUGAGAAGAGGCAAGGUGUUUAUCUACAUUUAAAGACAAUAUGAGGUUGUAAACUAGAUGAACUGCGUAGGAAAGCUACCCUUUAAAAGGGCAACAUUAAAGAAAACAAGGAUGCGACUUUCUGGUGUGGAUCCUGGCGUCGUUCCCUUUGGACUUUCAGAGGAAGACCAGCAGAGAACAUACCAACCAUGAAAUGGAUCCUUCGGCACAGACUGAUGUCAGGAGAAAUUUCAUCGGAAUCUCAAGAACGAAAAAAUAAAUCUCCUUCAUUUUCAGUAUUGUGUGAAAUGUGUUGAAAAUUCCCAGGAUAGACAACAUUGUUUUUACCUCGCCCCCUAGUGGACAUAUCAAGACUAAACAGAGCUGUGUCGGGUGGCCCUUUUUGUGUACAUGUUGCACAGCAUGUGCACGAAGCUCCUGGCGUCGUGCUCGUGUGUUUGCAACGCAUGCUGGGUACCCCAGCCAACAUGGCCGCUUCUUCAUCAUCUUCUUCCUCCAGUCACAUACUCACAAAUAGAUUUUACAAUCAGGUGGAUGCGAUGUGUUCUAUUUCUGCAGUUUCUGUAUGCAUAUUAUUGAAUUGUAACCAUUUCUUUUGGAGUUUUGUUGUGCAAAGAGUUGACUGUUUGACUCUGAAAACAAAACAAAACAAAAAAAAAGACGUUGGAUCUUCUAUCAGUGCUUUGAAUUGAUUUGCAAAGCUGCACAAUCAUGUAGAUAAACAGACCCGACCCUUUUCCUUGUGGACGAUAUACUUCUGUUGUUGUACCUAAUGGUGGGAAACAUGGCAUGGCGUGCAGUCCGGUACCGGUGGUCCGGCCUCCGUCUGUCAGCGCUUGGUUUUUAUCUCCUGCAGACUGGAGUGUGUUUCCUCAGGUGUUGUCACCAUAAGCUUCCAGACCUCAAUGACCCAUCCCUUGCACAUGCUGCAGCACAUGACAACACAACCCGAACCUUCCCACCCCCACCUUGGAAGCUUUCACAUAGCUGGAAUCUCGCAGAGGAGAACCAUGAGCUCAUCAGCGUAACAAGGAAGCCGUGACCCAAAUGGCGAUAAUGCCCGUCCGCUCGGUUCUUCAGCGUUAGUCCGUCUUUAUUUUCCAUCUGCUUCUUUGUUCACUGUUUACAGGCCAGCACGUCCGAGCCCUAGAGGGGGCGGUUCUGGUACCAUUUUAUCUGAAGGAUUACGUGUUUACUGCAUGAAGUAUUUAUGUAUUUUAUCAUUUACAACAACAACAAAGGAAAGCCGUGGUGGCAGUUGAAGCGGAGCAAUAAUCAAGAGAGAAGAUGCUGCACACAUUUUUGCCCACAAAAAGCUUUUGUACACUGUGAAAAACAACCCGUGUCCCAUUCAGACGAUUACAAAUGGAUUAAAAGCAAAUUACGAAGUCACUUGCUGCGCUUUCUUAAAUAUUUAUAUUUGAUACAGCAUGACAAUGAUUUUAGCACAUCCUUAAAUAUUCAGUCCAUACUGGAAUUGGAACUAGAAUGGUACUCAGGAGAGUGCAGAGGCCAAACAAUCCCAAUGUGGAUCAGCACAUUCAUAAGUACCAUAGUGUGCUCAUAAGAUUCAUGUAUUAGGAAAAAUAUACAUUUGUAAAUAUGUAUUAUUAUUAUGAUUUGGAACAAUCUCGCAAUAUUCCUGGAUUGUACUUGUGGUCCGUGUCCACACUUGCACAAAAUUGCAUCACCUUAAAUCAGAGGUGUCCAAAAUGCGGCCCGGGGGCCAUUUGCGGAUGAGAUUUUUAUCGGCCCGCAGCACAGUCUAAAAAUGUCAUUUAACAAGGAAACUUUAAAAAAAUAACAACAGCAACAAAAAUGGGAAAAUCAAUCAAAAGUCUAAAUAUUAAGAGGAGAGCUGUAAUCUAGCAAGGAAAUGUUCACAAGAAUAAAGUAAAGUAAUAGUAUCAGGAAAAAUGGCAUUUUAGUAGCCUGAAGUUGAAAUAUUAAAGAAACAAUUUUUUUUAAGACAAAAACAAUGAAUACAUUUGUAAUUUUUGAAAACUUAGGUUGGGGGAAAAUUUAUAACAUGGGAAUAAAGUGAAAAUAUUAGGACAAGAAAAUAUACAAGAAGAAAGUAGAAAUAUUUGGAAAAUUAUACAAAAAAAUCAACAGCAGAAAUUUGACCAGAGUAAAGUCAAAAUAUUAAGAGAAAAAAAUUGUUUUCUAACAAGAAAAAAGUUGCAAUUUUAUGAGAAUAAACUUGUAAAAUGAGGAACGUUACUAUUUGUUACUAUCGUAACAGUGUUGAAAUAAAGAAAAACACAUUAUUGUUUUAGAAGAUAUAAAGUUACAAUUACAAGAAGAAAAUUUACAAGAGGAAAGCUGAAAUGAAAAAAAACCCAGCAGAAAUGGAAAAAACAGCUGUAAUUUUACAGGAAUAAAGUAAAAAUAUUAAGAAAAAAAGACAUUUGCAAUUUCACAAGAAUAAACUUGUAUUAUUAUGGAAAAAACAUCAUUUUUAGUUGCACUUCACCUAUAUUACAAAGGUGAAAUGCAGUUUUUUCUUGAGCUACAUAUGUAGCUUCUUAGCAUAUCUCUAUGUGUUGGUUUAUAAAAUAUCAAAGUGGCCCUUGCAUUCUUUCAUUUUUCACUAUGUGGCCCUCGCUGGAAAAUGUUUGGACACCCCUGCCUUAAAUAGUUUUUAAAUAAUUUGAUUCACCAACAAACAUUCAGAUGAAAUUACAAAUAAAUGAGAGUGGAAGCCUCAUCAAAUGGAGCCCUAGGAAGGAGCCUUGAGGUACACCCGAUUUUGGUGCAGAUUGCAAUAGGGGUGCAGAUUCAAUAAUGUCUGUUUUUACAGUCUUGGCCUUCUAAUGGUUUUGGACAGGCCGGCAUAAGACAGUUGUUUUUAAUAUUUGCCAAGUGCCACUCGUGUUUCAAAAUGUUUUGAUAGUGCAUUCAGACCUAUUAAGUCUUAAUAGGUCUGACUUAAUUGAGCCUCUCUUUUAAAGCUGUUUUUGCCUUUUAUAAACAAUACAUUACUCUAUUUUGGCUAGUCUGCGCUGUACUGGGAAUCAUUUGGAAGCAGAUUCCAUGUGGCGUCCAUGAUGAGCCGCUGAAAGAAAGGUCAGAGCAUCGGUUGGCUCCUUUUGUCAUGUGACCGGCUUUAUCACAAAGCACCACAGCGCCCUCUGCUGCCGUCGUGCUCACGUGCAGCCUCCAGCGUCCAGUGUCUCCCCAUCCUUCAUGCCCCGCGCGCUUCCCGCCACCUUCCCUGGAAGUCUGUUGGUUAGUGCAAGGCGGGGGUCCGUGUGUUCCCCCGUUAGCACCGUGCAGACUAACGCUGGUUCAGACAUGUUGUAUUUCUGUAUAAAUGUAUAUUGACUGUAACCCUGUGAAUGAUGUAACAAGUUCAUUAUUUGUAAUAUUGUCAUUGGUUUAUUUUCUAAAAAUAGAAGCUCAACUUGAUUCUCCUCAAUAAAAAAACAAGAUCUGUUAUAAAAAACAGAGUU